AUGACAUACAAAGGAUAUGAAGUAAUGCUCUUUAUGUUUGAACGUUACAAACAGAUGCUCAUGGGUGUCAAGGGAUUUUCUUAUAAAAGCGAAAUGUCUUGGGAACACUCAAAGAAAAGGCUGUGGAGAUAUUUGCGGUUGCUUCCACCUCUGCAAGAUGAUGAAAAAUUACAAAUACCUUCCGGAUUACCUGUAUUCAAGUAUGACGUUCAUCUUAAGAAGAACAAAGAAGCUACAGUGGACCAUUUUUUUGGAUUGCUUCGAAGCCAUCAAUACAGUAUCAAUCAAAAUAAGCAUUGGAAACAAUGUUUUAUCAGUUCAAUUGUUAACAACCAUGAUCGUUUAACCUGGUACAACAAUGACUUGGGAAGAAGCAAAAAUAAUCAUCAAGAAUAA